AUGCUCCCGCCCGCGGGCCUGCCCCAGCUGCAGCGGCGAGCGCUGCAGCGCCCGACAUUCGGCGGCGGCGCCGCCCCAGACGCGAGCAGCGGCCACGGCCGGGGACUCCCUUCGCAGGGCGCAAGCUCGCCGUUGGGGCUGCUGCUGCAAAAGCAGAUCGCGGACGCCGAGUCGUGGGUGGAGUUGCAGCUCGUUCUUAACCAGCACGGCGCGUCGAUGGCGCCGCCGCUGCUCUCAGCCGCCGCCAUGCGGGCCGCGCGGCUGCAGCAGGCUUUGCGGGACGGGCGCCGCCGCGCGCAGCAGGCUGAGUGGACUGAAACGCACAAGGCCACAAUUCAGCACGCGUGGGACCGAGCGGACGAGUUUGCAGCUGCUGCGCAGCGGCGACGACAGCAGCAGCAGCAGCGAUGGCCGGAGCAGGAGCAGCAGCAAGAGCAGGAGCAGCAGGAGGAGGGGCGGGAUGGCUGGCGGCUGCAGGACGAGUGGGAGGAGCAGGAGGAGAGGCGGCGGCGUGCAAGGCCGCUGCCCCAGCUCGAGGCGCGCGGCGGCGAUCCGCCGGGUGCGGGCGGCCGUGACGCAGCGUCAUUACGCGUGCAGCAGCAGCAGCAGCCGCAUCAGCAGCCACAGCAUCAGCAGCCGCAGCCGCCGCCGCUGCAGCAGCGGCGGCGGAGGCUGCAGGGCGGCGAGAUGCUGACAAAGUACUCAGACGAUGACUACCACGCGUUCCUGCAAGAGGUGGCGCGGCUAGCUACCGCGCAGCUUCCGCCCUGGGCGGCCGAGCGGCCAGAGGAGGAGGAGGACGAGGGCGGGCAGUGCGGGUGUGAGGAGCCGGAGGGCGAGGAGGAGGAGGGGGAGCGGGGAAAUGUGACCGGCCGGCGCGGCGACCAAUCCUUGGCUGGGGUGCGGCCGGCCGACGAAGGCGGGGCCACGCGCAGCGCCGCCGCGCUGGCGGCCGCCGCCGCCGCGGCCGGGCUGGAGCCGGGAGUGUCGGCGGCGCUUCUGUGGUCGUUUGCAAAGGCGGGCUACCACCCAGGCUACGAGCACGUCGGCGCGUGGGCGGCGGCGGCGGCCGCCCAGGCCGCCGACUCGGAUGACAUCACCGUGUGUCAGGCGGUGUGGGCGCUCGCCUCCCUCGGCCACCUGCCGUGGCCGUCCCAGUGGCGCGCUCUGAUGGGGGAGGUUCGCCGCCGCCUGCCAUCACUUGAGGCGCGGGGGCUCUCAAAUAUGCUCUGGGCGGCAGCGACUCUUGAACAGCGGCCGUCGGACGGCUUCCUGCGCGACUUCUGGGCAGCUUCCGCCCCGAAGCUCGCGGGCGCGCAGCCGCAGGCGCUCGCGAACAUCUUGUGGGCGGCUGGAGCGCUGCGCGCGCCGCCGCCGCGCUCGUGGGCGCAGGCGUGGGCCCAGGCGUCGGCGCCGCAGCUCAGCCGGUGGGGCGGGAGGGACGUCGCAAACGCGGUGUGGGCGCUCGCGACGCUGCGGUUCCCAAGGCGCCCGUUCGCUGUAUGGCUGUCGCGCCUGCUGUCGACCUGCGCGCCGCGGCUGCACCUCUUCAGCGGCGCUGAGCUGGCGCAGCUGUCCUGGGGCCUCGCGGCGCUGCGCCAGCCGCUGGCGGAGCGACAGCUGGAGGCGCUUUUGAACGCGGUCAUGGAGCGGAAGACCUCCCUGAAGGGCCGCGAGUGGGCGAUGCUCCUGUGGUCGCUCGCGCGCCAGGGCGCCGCGCCGCCGCCGCGCUGGGUCGCCGCGGCGGUCGCAUGCACGUGGCCGAAGCUGCGGUUCUUCGGGCCGCAGGACUUCGCCAAUGCGCUGUGGGCGCUGGCGCGGCUGGGGGCGGCGCCGAGCGUGGCGUGGCGCGGCAGGUACUUUGCGUCGUCCCUGUCGCAGCUCUUCUUCUUCGAGCCGCGCCACCACGCGCAGGCGCUCACCGGCGCCGCGCUGCUGAGGUGGCGGCCGCCCGCCGAGUGGCUGGACCGGGUCUUCCUCGAGACGUACGGCGGUUUGAUGAGCUGGCGGCCCGCUGAGCUGGCGGCGGCGCUCAACGCCCUCGGCAG